CCGCCGCCGCUCGCUGUGUCGGUGCGGGGCCGCCGCCGCUCGCAGCCCCCCCCACCUCCCUCCUUCCUCCUCCUCUCUUCUUUUUCCUCCUCCUCCUCCUCCUCCUCCCGCCGCACCGCCCCGCCGCGGGGGGGCGCCCCGCGCCAUGCCGGCCAAGCGGCCCUUCGAGCGGCUCCCCGCCGACGUCAGCCCCCUCAACUACGGGCUGUGCCUCAAGCCCGACCUCAUCGACUUCACCUUCGAGGGCAAGCUGGAGGCCGCCGUGCAGGUGAAGCAUGCAACCAACCAGAUUGUGAUGAACUGCGCUGAUAUCGACAUCAUUACAGCUUCCUAUGCGCCAGAAGGGGACGAAGAGGUACAUGCCACGGGGUUCAACUAUCAAAAUGAGGAUGAGAAGGUUACCCUCUCCUUUCCCAGCACCCUUCAGAAAGGGACGGGAACGCUGAAGAUAGACUUCGUAGGGGAGCUGAACGAUAAAAUGAAAGGGUUUUACCGAAGUAAAUACACCACCCCCACUGGAGACACGCGCUAUGCUGCUGUCACUCAGUUUGAGGCUACUGAUGCUCGCAGAGCUUUCCCUUGCUGGGAUGAGCCUGCUAUUAAGGCAACUUUUGAUAUUUCACUGGUGGUUCCUAAAGACAGAGUAGCUUUGUCAAAUAUGAAUGUCAUUGACCGGAAGCCCUACCCGGAUGACGAGAACCUAGUGGAAGUCAAGUUUGCUCGCACCCCCAUCAUGUCGACGUAUCUGGUGGCAUUCGUGGUGGGAGAAUACGACUUCGUCGAGACCCGGUCCCUCGACGGCGUCUUAGUGCGUGUUUACACUCCCGUGGGCAAGGCCGAGCAAGGAAAGUUUGCAUUAGAGGUUGCUGCUAAAACUCUGCCUUUUUAUAAGGAUUACUUCAAUGUUCCUUACCCUCUUCCUAAAAUUGAUCUCAUAGCUAUUGCAGAUUUUGCUGCCGGUGCCAUGGAGAACUGGGGCCUUGUUACUUAUAGGGAGACCGCGUUGCUCAUUGACCCCAAAAAUUCCUGUUCUUCAUCUCGCCAGUGGGUUGCUCUGGUUGUGGGACACGAACUUGCUCAUCAGUGGUUUGGAAACCUCGUGACCAUGGAAUGGUGGACCCAUCUUUGGCUGAACGAGGGCUUUGCCUCCUGGAUCGAGUACCUGUGCGUCGACCACUGCUUUCCGGAGUACGACAUCUGGACUCAGUUUGUUUCUGCUGAUUACACGCGAGCUCAGGAGCUCGAUGCCUUAGACAACAGCCAUCCUAUCGAAGUUAGCGUUGGCCAUCCAUCCGAAGUAGAUGAAAUAUUUGAUGCUAUUUCUUACAGCAAGGGGGCAUCUGUAAUCCGAAUGCUGCACGACUACAUUGGUGAUGAGGACUUUCGGAAAGGAAUGAAUUUAUAUUUAACCAAGUUCCUGCAGAAGAAUGCAGCCACAGAGGACCUCUGGGAAAGCCUGGAAAAAGCUAGUGGUAAACCUAUUGCUGCUGUGAUGAAUACAUGGACCAAACAAAUGGGAUUUCCGCUCAUUUAUGUGGAAGCUGAACAGCAAGAAGACGACAAAGUCUUGAAGUUAGUCCAGAAGAAAUUCUGUGCCAGUGGACCAUAUGCUGGGGAGGAUUUCCCUAUGUGGAUGGUCCCCAUAAGCAUUUGUACAAGCGAUGACCCCACCAGUGCCAAAAUGCAAGUGCUGAUGGACAAGCCAGAGCUGACCUUGGUUUUGAAAGAUGUUAAACCAGACCAGUGGGUGAAGCUGAACCUGGGAACAGUGGGCUUCUACCGCACGCAGUACAGCCCCGACAUGCUGGAGAGUUUAAUACCAGCCAUCAAAGACCUCUCCCUCCCCCCCGUGGACAGGCUCGGCCUGCAGAACGAUCUUUUCUCUCUGGCCCGAGCUGGAAUCAUUAGCACUGUAGAGGUUCUAAAAGUCAUGGAAGCUUUUGUGAAUGAGCCCAAUUACACUGUGUGGAGCGAUCUCAGCUGUAACCUGGAGAUUCUCUCAACUCUCUUAUCCCACACAGACUUCUAUGAGGAAAUCCAGGUGUUCGUGAAAGAUGUCUUUUCACCAAUAGGGGAGAGACUGGGAUGGGACCCCAAACCUGGAGAGGGUCAUCUUGAUGCCCUUCUGAGAGGUCUGGUGUUGGGCAAACUAGGAAAAGCUGGGCACAAGGCAACAUUAGAAGAAGCCCGACGCCGGUUUAAAGAGCACGUGGAAGGAAAAAACAUCCUGUCUGCUGAUCUGAGGAGCCCUGUCUACGUCACUAUUUUGAAGCACGGAGACAGUACUACUCUAGACACCAUGCUCAAGCUUCACAAGCAAGCAGACAUGCAGGAGGAGAAGAACCGAAUCGAGCGCGUUCUCGGAGCCAUCUCCCAGCCAGAACUGAUUCAAAAAGUUCUCACCUUUGCACUUUCAGAAGAGGUACGUCCCCAGGACACGGUGUCUGUCAUCGGAGGAGUGGCAGGAGGCAGCAAGCAGGGGAGAAAAGCUGCUUGGAAGUUUGUACGGGACAACUGGGAGGAGCUUUAUAAUCGAUACCAAGGUGGAUUCUUGAUAUCCAGACUAAUAAAGCUCACAGUGGAUGGGUUUGCAAACGAUAAAAUGGCUGCGGAAGUCAAGGCUUUCUUCGAGAGCCACCCGGCCCCAUCCGCGGAGCGCACCGUCCAGCAGUGCUGCGAGAACAUCCUGCUCAACGCCACCUGGCUCAAGCGGGACAGCGAGGACAUCCACCAGUUCUUCCUGCAGCGCAGGGCCCCCCCCCCACCGGCCACCACG